AUGGCACAGGCGCAGCGCGACGCACCUGAGUGUGCGCUUGUCCUGCAGACGCAGGUGGCGCCGGCCGUCAUUGGCAAGGUCGGCGACCCACAGUCUGGCCGCAUCACCCGGGCCAGCGUCGACGCAUACCUGCAGUCCCACCACCUCGUGUUUGACCGAGGGUUGCUGGCGCAGAUGUUUGAUGAGGCCGACUUCAGGAGGGAGGGCAGCCUCGCACCCAGUGCCUUUGUGGCCGCUGUGGAGGGCCGCUACCCCAAGCGGCGCUUCACGCGGCAGUGGCGCGAGCUGGUGUCACUGCUGCUGGGGGUGGCUUGCCUGCGGCUUCUAGACGUAGACACUGAGCCUGUCACCGAGGAGCAGCUAGCCGUCAACCGCAAGGUGGGCGCUGGCGUGUUGCUGUGGCUUAUGGAUUGCUGCAGCUGCUGCAUGUAA